AUGAAGAAAUCGUGGAUAUUCCUGUUUUAUAUAGCUUUUAUCGUUGCAAAAGCACAAACCGCGGCAAUUUCUAGCACCGAAACUUUGGUGGUUGCCAAGACAGAUGAUGAGGUGUCAACGCCUGCGCCGUCUGAACCGGUCACCGAUGAACCAAACGCUCCUAUCAAAGUGACAGAAAUGAGAGUUAACUCAGAGGUGACGAUGCGGUAUGCUCAUACAGCUGUUGUCACACAUGUCAGGAACCCAGCUUCAAAAGCACAAGAAGCAACCUUCCAUGUGCUAUUGCCAGAGACUGCCUUCAUCAGCGGCUUCAUCAUGACGUUGGGUGGGAAAUCAUAUAAGGCUUACGUAAAAGAAAAGAAUGAAGCAAAACAAAUUUUCAACGAAGCUGUUUCCCAGGGAACCGGGGCGGCCCACAUCGCGGCCAAAGCUCGUGAUUCAAACCAUUUCACAGUAUCAGUGAACGUGGAACCAAAAAGUGUGGCCAUAUUCAAUCUGACCUAUGAAGAGUUACUGGUUCGUCGCAACGGCGUUUACAACCACGCAAUCAACCUUCACCCAGGAACCUUAGUGCCGAAGCUGGAGGUUGUGGUACACAUCAAGGAGUCCCAGAAGAUCACAACGCUCCGAGUGCCUGAAGUCAGAACCGGCAAUGAAAUCGAUGCUACAGAAAACGACGCACAAAAUUCGAAGGCUGUCCAAACAAGAAAUGGUGACAAGGAAGCUACCAUAACAUUCACGCCCGAUUUGGACGAACAGAUGAACCUUAUUAAGAUAUACAAGGACAAAACAAAAGAUACCGUGACACAUCAUUAUUGGGACAACAAUGAGGAAGAAGACAACAGAGACGGAGUUUUGGGACAGUUUGUUGUUCAAUACGACGUGGAACGUUCUAAUGAUGGAGAAGUCUUGGUGAAUGAUGGAUAUUUUGUGCACUUCCUGGCACCAAGCUCGUUGCCGCCCCUCAAUAAGUACGUGGUGUUUGUCCUCGACACUUCCAGUUCUAUGAGCGGUCGCAAGGUUGAACAAUUGAUCGAAGCCAUGAACGCCAUACUGUCGGACCUCAACCCGAGCGAUUACUUCAGCAUUGUUGAAUUUAAUUCAGACUACUCGGUCCAUGAGCUGAAAGAAGCGGAUGAACCUCAACCUGAACCUCAAAAGUUUUCGUGGUAUGGAUCAACGUCAUCGUCAAACAAGAAACUUGUUUCACCAUCACUUGCUUCACCCGAGAACAUUGCUAAGGCAAAGGUUAUCAUUUCCAGACUGAGGGCUAAUGGAGGAACCAAUAUCGACAGCGCUUUAAGCGUAGCUAUGGAUCUUAUUCAUAAGUUCUCUGGAAAUAAAGAUGUUUCCUCGGAAAAAUCUAAUUCAAGUGAUGCUGCAAACGAAAAAGCGGUAGCAAAUGCCAACGACUUGAAAACCAAACCAGUCCAUGAAUUGGAGCCCAUCAUUAUUUUCCUGACGGACGGUGACCCGACCAUCGGCGAGACCAGCACCUCACGUAUCAUCUCACACAUCACCGAGAAGAACUCCGGAGAAAUGAGGGCUUCUCUGUUCUCACUUGCUUUCGGUGAGGAUGCGGAUCGUAACUUCUUGAGAAAGUUAUCGCUUCGUAACGAAGGCUUCAUGAGGCACAUCUACGAGGCGGCGGACGCGGCGCUUCAGCUGAGAGACUUCUACAAACAGGUUUCAUCGCCACUGCUGGCUCACGUCAAGUUCACCUACCCACGGGAACAGAUAAAAGAGGGUUCAGUCAGUAAGAACAAGUUCCGUACCGUGUACGCGGGCUCAGAGGUAGUCGUGGCGGGCGAGCUCUCUGACGACGCUGUCGAGUUGAAACCUGUCGUUAGUGGCUUCUGCGGCAACCAAGAUGGCAAAUUGAUUCCAUAUGAAAAUGAUCAGUCAAAGAUCAAAGUCACUCGCGUAAAAGACUUCUUACCUCUGGAGCGUCUGUGGGCGUACCUCAGUAUACAACAACUGUUGGACCAACGUGACGCUUCCGAAGAUACAGCCGCUAAAGAACAUGAGAAGAAAGCACUUAAUUUAGCGCUGAAGUACUCGUUCGUGACUCCGCUGACGUCAUUGGUGGUGGUGAAGCCGAACGAAACGAACGCGGUGGACGCUGAAUCUGUAGACAAAAAUAGCAACAACUACAAUUUUAAUGUUAUAAUAGAAGUUCUAGAGGAAAUAUUAUCAUUUUCUAGUCGUAUCAUUCCUUUUGUUAUAGCUCUGUCAUUUAACGCAAUGCCUCAAGCACCUUUAAGUCAUCAUUUAUUGAUAGCCCCACAAGCAUACAGACCCACGGUUAUGGGUGGGAAUGGAGACGCUCUCGCUUUGAUAGGAGGUUUCCAUGCUCAAGUAGAAGCCGAGGAGGUCGACGAAAGCUUUGACGACAUUGGUUCAAAUUCAUUUAUCUCGACCCCAGUACCAGGGUCGCAGUUUUUCCAAAGUGCCACCACUGAAAUCCCAGAUCAGGAGAAAUACCAUUUAGAGAACUACAUGUGGACUUUAGGUUUAGUGAACAACACCGCUGACGCUCUCGUGUUUAUGGAUAAUGGAACCGAAAUAGUUUUACAGCUCUCUAAAGACCGUAAUGCUCCUCGUGGUAACUCCGACGAGUCAUGUACGAAUGUGCCCGUUGACGCAACGGGUCCAUCACUGCCUCUUGUACCUGUUGAAGCCUCCUGUGUUUACAUCACUCGUUGCUCCGCAGCCAGGAACCUCACUGAAGAUGACUAUCGCAGAUCAUACUGCCGCGUUGACAACAAAUACGCUGGUGUUUGUUGCCCGAGUACCCAAAUAGACACCGAGGUGGUACCUGUUAUAUAA